CAUUUCGCAAAGCCUUCGUAGAUCUUUUAACCGCUCAUGGUUUUAACAACAUGCUGCGCCGCAUAUUGGCUUCUCUUUUCUUAAUUCUUUUUGUGUUGUCUGCAAGCCUUGGCUUCAUUGCUUUCAUCAACUUCUUCGCUACGCUCCAGCCCACCCUAUGCAGAAAUGCUUGUGGCUAUUUUUGUAGUUACCAACAACGUUUUCGGGGAUGCGCACGUCGCCGUCAAAUCAGUCUGCAGCGAGUAUUCAAUGGCCUAAGACGUGUCCAGCGGUAAUAUGAAAAUUGAAAGCGUUAGCAUACAAACGUAACCGUUAGUUUAUUACACUUGGAAAAACCAUAGAGCUGAAUGACCUUUGAAAGAAAAAAAUAGAAAAGCCAUCAACGCGUAUAAGAAUUGAAAUCAAUAUUUUGUAAUUGAACUACUCCAACUUUUAAGGAUCUUACAUUUAUAAAUUGGAAUACGCGAAUAUGAAUUUGAAACUUCUAACCUGCCUUACAGUGCUCUCUUUCGCCCCUCUCAUCCAACUGGCGGCGAGUGCAGAGGAUGAAAACUCUACAGAAACAAAUGAAAUAAUACCACGAGAGGCAAUUGAGAAAUUAGAUUACUCCGUGAGACAAGCUCUACUACGUGCCAUAGAUAAGUUAGAGCGAGAAGCAGCAGUUGAAGAUUAUGAUGACGCAGAUGAAGACGAUCAAGAUGUGGACACAAUCACAACCGAAGAACCACCCGCGAAGCCGCAGGAAAAUGUGCUGAACAUUCUCAGCAAUUCCAAGCCAACGACAACGGGAAACAGUGGCAACAACAAUAACAACAACGGCUCCACAACAACUACGAAAGAUGAAAUACUCGAAGAAAGCACCAAUGCCGCCGAUGUACACCCGACUGUACAAUUUUACACAGCGAUUUUCGAUGAGAAGCAUGCACACGAGCAACCCUUGGCCUCGUUUAUCGAUCGCUCGCGCAUCUGGAAGAAGACAAACAAAAAGGCCAUCUCCGGUGCAUCGACCAGCCUGAACGAUGAUACGGUAGCGCAUGCGUCGAGUACUUUCGAAAGCAGCCGACAGAGCACGCGUAGUGUUGGUAAUGGUCGCAGUUCCAAUACAGCUGUGCGUUUGAAUGAAAUCUCUGGUGAAAAUUCGGAUGAAGUGAAGUUUGAGAUACGUAAAGCACAUGCGCUCGCUGCGGCGGCCGCUGCAUCCACCACAAUGACCACAACGUCGACAACGACGACGACGACGACAACAACAGCACGUCCACGCACGACACGCCGUCCACGACCGACGACCACAACAACGACAACUACGACAACACCGCGACCCACACACAAUGAAGAUGGCGAGAAUAUUGAAGUUGUGGAGAAAGAUGACAUUCGCAUACAAGCGGCGCCCCUCGUGACCGCGUUCACUGUGGAUCUGGAUGAACGUGGCGCCGCUAAGAAUGUUGUGCCCAUUUUAGAUCCACCUACAGCACACCCACCAGUGAUUUCCCACAACGUUCCCCAACAGUCUUUUGCCACGGGUCCGACCAUUUCGAAACUUAAUGUUUUACCUGCCAAUCCUUUGUCUGCUGUGCCGCAGAGUGAGGCAGUUUAUAGUAAUGUCGGACUUGCUGCGCCUACACAAGCAACUAAUAUUUUGGCUGCGUCAACUACACCUUUUUCCAAUAUUGUUGCAGCGGACGAUUUUGUAACGCCCACCGUCCAAACUGCGCUCAGCAGCAAUGACAAUUCCAAUCAAGAGCAAGGAGGCGUUAGCAAUUACCUCAUCGAACGGCAGCGACAGCUUGAACAACAAAUCUAUCAGCUAAAAUUACAAGCACAACAACAACAAAACUUAAUUUUACGUCAAUUAAAAUUGCUGGAAGAGCAGACGAGAUUGAAUAACCUGCAACCGCAUCCCACCGUCCAAACCCUGCCAGUGACAACAGCACAAAGCUUUAUACAAACACUACAACAACAGCAGCAACAAACACAGCCAAUACAUGCACAAAACACACCACAGCAGCAGCAACAGCAAAAUCUACAACAACAACAACCCCAACAACCACAAGUUGUCAGCUUCACCAUACGACCCUCCGUCGAAUUCAUACCGCAAAAUAAUGCCGCGGCGGUGGUGACCCAAAGCAGUCCCGCUUUUCAUUUCAACACCUUCCCGGUGGAUCAGCAAUUACCGUUACGUGAGAGGGGUAAUAAAUUUGCGCACGGCGACAAUAGUUUUGCGUCAAAUGCCAAUAUAUUGCCAGUGACGUCGCAGCAGCAACAACAACAACUACAACAACAGCAAUUGCCCAUAAAUGAUCCCGUACAAAAGGUUUUUCAAAACAUACAAAAUCUGCAGAGCCACAAAGUCAAUUCCGUACAACAACAGCAGCAGCCGCAACAACAAACCUCAAACGGUGUUGCUGCUGGAGCCACAGGCGGCACUACAGUGCAAAUACAAGCGUCAAAUCAAUUUAAAUUUGCACCCACCUUCCCAACAGUGCAGACACCGUUAGAGGUGUCGCUAUUCCAGGCGUUGCCGCAACACAACCAUCAGCAAUUUCAUCAACAGCAUCAACAGCAGCAGCAACAAUCCCCUUUGGUGCCGUCAUUUUUGAGUCAAGCUUUGUUAGAGCAACAACAACAGCAACAACACCAACAACAUCGUUCACGUUUAUUCCGCCAAGAGGCAGGCACAUCUAAUUUCGGCCAAAAGCAGGCAAUUUCGCAAUUUUCCUCAGUCCAAUCUGUCAUACCCACAUCCAUACUCGGUCAGCAGCAGCAGCAACAACACCAACAACAACAACAACAACAACAAGUGCUGGAUAAUCAAAAUUUCUAUCGGCAACAUUUGGAUCCACAAAUUAGCAAUCAACUGCAGCAAAAUGCACAAUUCUAUCAGCAACAACAACAACAGCAAUUGCAACAGCAGCAACAACAACAACAGCCACCAGCACUUAACCGUGGCAUUAACAACUUUGCACCAACCACACAAAAUCUACCCUUCGCUGGCCGUUUCUAAACCAAGCCUGUGGCAUGCGAUGCACCGUUUAUUGUAGCGUAGUAGGGGAAGAGUGGAGUGGAGUAGAUCGGAGCUGUAAAUAUACACGCACACAACAUACUGUAGCUUUGCAGUUCACCAGCGAAGUGUCAAGAAUCGGGCCGCCCUGGAGCAGCAAAGAAUGCAAAAACAACAUCAAGGCUUGAAGAUAGUUUAAUGCACCUGCGUUCCGUAAUAGCAGCAAGUUUCCCCCACAACUAACUGAAGAUUAGUAUUUAUGGCAAUAACAAAAGCACAGUAAUUCCUUUUGAAAAAAGCACCUGUAAGAAAGUAAAAUUGAAAAUAUUUCUGGCAUGCAAGGAAUGUCAAACUUAAUGGCAUGCGGUGAGCGACAGACUGUUUAUCUGCAUUAACUAAAUCUGGUUACAUUAACUUUGUAAAAAAAAACUAUAAAAAUUCAGAAUUUUACUUUUGAGAUGAAAUUUUUUAUAAUUUUUUUUCCGAAAAAAAACUCCUAUAAG